AGGAAUGAAGAAGACUUUAUUAAGAAACUGGACUGCAGUCCUGACCAGCAUCUAAAAGUAGUGUCCAUCUUUGGGAACACAGGGGAUGGCAAGUCUCACACCCUUAACCACACUUUCUUCUAUGGCCGGGAAGUCUUCAAGACGUCUCCAGCCCAAGAGUCUUGCACGGUUGGAGUCUGGGCAGCCUAUGACCCUGUCCGCAAAGUGGUGGUAAUUGAUACAGAGGGCCUUCUGGGGGCCACGGUGAACUUGAGCCAGAGAACACGGCUGCUGCUGAAGGUCCUGGCCAUCUCUGACCUUGUCAUCUACCGUACUCGUGCUGACAGGCUGCACAAUGAUCUCUUCAAAUUUCUUGGUGAUGCCUCGGAGGCUUAUUUAAAACAUUUCACCAAGGAGCUAAAAGCUACCACAGCCCGCUGUGGCCUAGAUGUUCCUCUCUCAACUUUGGGUCCGGGUGUCAUCAUCUUUCAUGAGACUGUGUACACCAAGCUACUGGGCUCUGAUCAUCCUUCUGAGGUUCCCGAGAAGCUCAUUCAGGAUCGGUUUCGGAAGCUAAGCUGUUUUCCUGAGGCUUUCAGCUCAAUCCACUACAAGGGAACAAGGACAUACAAUCCUCCAACAGAUUUCUCUGGACUUAGGCGAGCUGUGGAGCAGCAGCUGGAGAACAAUACUACUCGGUCACCUAGACAGCCUGGUGUUAUCUACAAAGCACUGAAAGCUCUAAGUGACCGGUUCAGUGGGGAGAUCCCCGAUGACCAGAUGGCUCACAGCUCUUUCUUUCCAGAUGAAUAUUUCACAUGCUCCUCUGUGUGCCUCAGCUGUGGGUGUGGCUGUAAGAAGAGCAUGAACCAUGCAAAGGAAGGAGUCCCUCAUGAAUCCAAAAGUCGAUGCAGAUACUCUCACCAGUACGAUAACAGAGUCUACACUUGCAAGGCAUGUUACGAACGAGGGAUGGAGGUCAGCGUGGUGCCAAAAACCUCUGCUUCCACUGACUCCCCUUGGCUGGGCCUUGCCAAGUAUGCCUGGUCAGGGUACGUGAUCGAGUGCCCCAACUGUGGGGUGGUGUACCGCAGCCGACAGUACUGGUUCGGCAACCAGGAUCCUGUGAACACUGUAGUGAGGACAGAAAUUGAGCAUGUCUGGCCAGGGACUGAUGGAUUUCUGAAAGACAACAACAAUGCAGCCCAGCGUUUGUUGGAUGGGAUGAAUUUCAUGGCACAGUCAGUAUCUGAACUUAGCCUGGGACCCACAAAAGCCGUGACCUCCUGGUUGACAGACCAGAUUGCCCCAGCUUACUGGAGACCCAACUCUCAGAUCCUGAGUUGUAAUAAGUGCAACACGCCUUUUAAAGAUAACGACACUAAACAUCACUGCCGGGCCUGUGGAGAGGGCUUCUGUGAUGGCUGUUCGUCCAAGACCCGUCCAGUGCCUGAGCGAGGCUGGGGACCAGCACCAGUCCGUGUGUGUGACAACUGCUAUGAAAACAGGGGCAUCCAGUUAGAUGUAGCUGAGCUGCCUUCGGAUGAGGAAGGGGGGACACUUAUUGCCAGGAAGGUGGGAGAAGCUGUGCAGAACACCCUCGGAGCAGUGGUGACAGCCAUGGACAUUCCCUUAGGUCUGGUAAAAGAUGCUGCCCGGCCUGCGUACUGGGUACCAGACCACGAAAUCCUGCACUGCCACAACUGCCGGAAGGAAUUCAGUAUCAAACUCUCCAAACACCACUGUCGGGCCUGUGGCCAGGGAUUCUGUGACGAAUGCUCGCACGACCGCAGAGCCUCUCGUGGAUGGGAUCACCCAGUCCGAGUUUGCUUCAACUGCAAUAAAAAGCCUGGUGACCUUUAACCCCAGGCACUUCUCCGGAUAUUUGCAAUUCCUUAUGUUCUCAGGGUUACAAAUGAAAAUAUCUGGUCUCCCUUUCACCUCUUGACCUGUUGCAGCCAGAGUGCAUGUUUCCAGUUUCUGGCCUCCUCUCGUGUUAUAUCCAUCUUGGAAUGCUGGGAAUGAGCUUACGUUCAGCCUCUAGGUUUUAAUUUCAUAUUAACUGGGGAAGGGAGGGAGCUCCCUUGUAAAUGAGCAAACCAAAAUCCAGUGUAUUUUAUUCCAAUUAAAAAAUAUAUAUAUCUCUAUAUAUAUAUCUUUAUGUAUAGUUUAGUAUAUUAAGAAUGGGGUUGGCUCACAAAACUUCCAGUAUUCCUAGUUCAAAUGAUGGAUGGUGUCGUUCCUUACUAUACUGGAUCAGAUUUCUGGCCUUCUGAUUCUUCUUGUGGAACAUCUUGCUGAUCACGAUGUCCCGUGAGGAAGGUUUGGACUCUGUGCUGCCAGGAAGUCUCCGGUGCUGAUGCAUGAAUUACACCUGGUAAUUCAACCAGCCCUACACCUGGAGGUGCCGUACUUUUGGCCAUGGGAAGAUUAAACCCAGAUUCCUUAGCAAGUUUGUUUGAACUGUGAUAUGAACAGCGGUCUUGCAGUGCAAGAGCUAUCAAGUGGAAAUAGAACCUCCCGGUAGAGACCAGUAGAGCUCUGGAAGGUAAAGCAAGUCGUAUGGCACAAGGCGAAGCGUUGGGAUUUUGCCGUUUCAACUUCAGUACCAGAUCAAAAGGUAGCGGGGUCUUGCUCUCCCUGACAGUGUUCUCAUGUACUCAGGUUUUGUUCAAGUUCCUCUGCCAGCUUGUUGCAGUUAAAAGUUUUGUCCAGAGCAGAACAAGAGAACAAGUUACGUAGGCAAUUAUGAAACACCAAGUUUGAGCUGUUUGGGUUGUGAUGACUUUUCUCCUCUCCCACUUAUUAAGCUAUCAUGGAGCCUAUGGAGCCUCGGUGCUCUCAGACGUGGUUGCAUAGAAACUGCACAGAUUUGACUUACCUUUUUUUCUAAUAAUAUGAACUUACAAAUCCACCUGGAAAAUGGGAACCUUUCUUCUCUGCUCCUAGCAACUGGCACUCACUGGACUUCAUCCCUUUAUUAAAGGACUGCAAUGAAUUCGCCAAUUUUUAUUAUCAAAACCACCACUUAACCUAACUAAUACUGUCUUGUACUGUGGAUUUGUGAUUCCAGUUAUAAGAAGUAAGAGACCAUUGUGGAUUGAACUGCCUAAAAUUGUCCCUUCUUGGCUUACGUAGACAAGAAUUCUCCCACCACAGAGUUGUCUUCUCUUGGAGUGACUGGAGUUUGAUGAAAUGUCCUGGAACUGUGGUAUUUUUUUUCCCCAGCUUAUUAAAUGUGCUCUUGUGUAGAUGAGUGCUCAACACCCUGUUUUAGAACUGUAUUAUUAAAUUAACUGCUAUAAAAGACUUUAUCUUCUGCACAGGUGUACUGACUUUUUCCUUGUAACAAGCGGUUCUUGCUUUGUCUCUGAAAGAUCUUACUUACAAAGUGAUUUUCCCUGUCACAACUACAUCCAGCCUACACAUGGGAGUAGACUUGGAAGAUGUUCCAGGACACCUUCGGUACUGGCUGAGUUGGUGAUGUUUUUUCUUGAGCCGAGUCUGCCAUCCAUUGACAGUUGCCCAAGGGAGGGCGUGAGUAGGUAGGAAUCCUGUCUUAAAAGACAUUUGGCACAUCCAGCAGAAUUCCGUGCUUCAAAGUAUUUUUAUUUUUUUAAUGGGUGAGCAGUGUGUUCUCGCUUCGUAGGCUGUGCCCUGUGUGCUGUUUACGCAUGUAGCUUUACUACCAUGUCAUUGCACAAAGAGAAAGCAGCCAUGACGUUCCUGGUAUAAAAACUUUGGCAUCUGUUUC